GCUGAUGAGAAAUCGAAGAAAAAGGAAUGGACGAAGAGACUGAGGUACUACUUACCUCUGGUGAUGACGGACGAUGAAACGUGGAUGCUUGCCAUUGCUUGGCAUGAAAUUCUACGACGAGUGGGAAAAGGGUCAUCUGCUCGCCCCUGAUGGCGUUGUGUGGACGAAGAGGCCUCCAACAACGGACCCGAAAGUCACCCGUGAGGGUCAGUCAUUUGCGGAGGACAACAGCGGUCAUAAGAGAGUUGUGUAUAAUGUGCGUGUGACUGAUCCGGAGAUGCGGAAAGGCAAGAAGAAAAGGAAACAGGAGGACCCCAACUUUUUCGUCCAGGUGAAUGAACCCGACGUGCAUUGUUGGAAAGACUUGGGGGAUUUUACAGACGCGGAGAAACGUCGGAUCUUGCGAGGGUUGCUGGACCUGGAUAUUGUCUGGGUGCAGCAAGGAAGCAAGAAGUUGAUUGAGCACGGAAAGGUUCAGAUGAAAGAUGCUUGUGAAAUGGUCAAGCAAGAUCGGAUGUUGCUCCGGCUGUGGCAUAUUGUGCAAUUCCAGCACGAGGGCCGCGACAACGAUGAUUGGAAUGCCUCCUUUUUCCGGACGAAGGAGCAAUUGAUGGCAGAGUACGCCUCCAAGGGACUGGACGAGAAACUGUGGGCGGGCUGCAAAAAAUGGGUCACAGAUCACUCGUACCUCAAGGAAUGCCCCCAGUAUCUCGGCUGUCCGAGUGAUAAGGACGUGGCAGCAACGAUAAAGUUGGUUAAUCACGAGAAGUUUCCUACUGAAUGGAAGCGGGUUGUACUGUCCGUGCUCAAAGGCGAACGUGGCAAGAUAGAAGAGGGGCCGCAAGCACUGGGAGAAUGCACCACCAUCAAAUGGAAGGAAACCAAUCAAGUGACAACCCUCGCACCAUUUGCUUACGACGCCUUCACGACUUUUCUAAGAAAAGAUGAGAUGAGGAAAGUUGUGACGCAGCUGCGAUGCCACACUUGCAUCAUUGACUUCUGCGAUCCCGUCGACCGAGCACGUUGGAAUGACGAGGCUUUCCGAUCAUUGGCGGCAUUCCUUGAAGUUGUGUGUCCUGAUUUCUGGACUUUAAUUGCUUUUGUUCCCAGGCAGUGGGACCUUUCCUUCAUGGGUCUUCUCCACAUUCUUCCUGUCACGAAUGGUUGUGCAGGAAAAUGGGUUCGGAGGAGUCAAGUUAAGAAGCACUACCAAAUCGGGAACAGUGUGUGGGCCGACGAGGACAAGAUGUAUGUUUUUUUCCACGGGGAUGAUCUGAACCUUAACACCCCGCCGACAUAUGAGGGACGAUUGUCGGACGAUGACGCUGCAGCUCUUGGGAAAAGGCAAAAGGUGACACCCUCGGACAUUGCCGAAACACAGUUCACGACCACGACGUAUGCAUCGGUAGGUGUGCACCACCUGAAGGGGUUCGUCUAUAAGGAAAUGGAGCGCAACCCGGGUACGUGCAGAAAGAGGUCGACCAUGAUCUACACAGGAACAUGUGGUUCAAGCUGUCAGCUGAGAAAAAUGGCGAAUGUAUACAAGUUUUUGUUCCUCGACACAAGACCGAAACAAAGAUUCGAGGACGUGAUUGGUGCAUUGGAUGGCUUUCACGGUGCUUCUAGGGAGGCUGUGGCCAACUUCGUGGAGAAACUCGAGGACUUCUAUUUCGACAAUGGCAAGGUGGAACUCACAUUAAAUUAUUACAAGGCUCAGUUCACCGAAGAGGACAAUUUCAACGCAAACGACGAGGAAGAAGUCAGCGAAUGUGAGGAGCCUUUGGAUUUAGAGACGGUAUAUCAGAAAUAUACUGCAGAGGUAAACUGCCGCCAACCAGACGACCUUGUCGUCAGAAUGUUCGGAGAGCAGACAUUCGAGAUUUCUCUUGAGCACAGCAUGUUGGAGCUCUGUCGUGACUUUUAUUACCUCGAAACAAGUGCAAGUUAUGAAAGCAAAAUUGACUGGCAUAUUCCACCGCCUGCCCCAACACGAGGAGAUGGAGCUAGACGGGGCGGCGGUAGAGGAGAUGACGAAGGAGGGGACGGAGGAGGUGAGGAUAGAACCCACGGCGGCGGUUACGGGGGACCCGCGGCGGCGGUUACGGGUGACAACAGAGGGGGCGGCGCACGACGCGGAAAUGUUACGAGCCCGGGAGGGGUCACGAUCGCAGGCGGAAAGGGUGCUAUGGCUUCGGUAGAAGGUGCGAGCUCACAAACUAGGCAGGGAUCACCGCAGGUUGAAUCUCCACUGCCGACCUAUGCGCUGCAAGCUGCUCAACUCGUUGGGCAAGUACAUGGCUUAUUUCCCGGCAGCGGAUGUAUCCGCGGCACAGUCACGACCGAUGGCGGAAUAGGUGCCAUGGCUUCAGUAGAAGGUGCGAGCUCACAAACUGGGCAGGGAUCACCGCAGGUUGAAUCUCCACCGCCGACAAUGUAUCCGCUCGGUGCUGAAGUCGUUGGGCAAGGAAAUCGCUCAUUUCCCGGCAGCGGAUGUAUCUGCGGUACAGUUUCUGCCGGAUCGAAUUUCAUGGCAGAUGCGGAGUCGGUCGAUGUGGCUUCCACCAAGGAUCCAAGACGCGACACUCAGAAGUGCGAAGUUGUUACGGAUGCCACUUUCCUUUGCGGAGAGAAUGUGGUGGAGAAAACUGUAGGCGGGUCAUACUCCCCCAGAAGGACAGAUUCUCUUGCGAGUCCUUGUGCAACUGGGUCUGAGGUGGAUAAGGGGCGGGUUGGCCUUUUUUCUGUCGGCCCCGGAUGUAUCCGCCAUCCAAGCGGGCGCGUCAGUGUGGAGCAGAAUGAGGACUUAGUUGUCAGAAGCAUUUCGGUCGGUGGCGGAUAUAUCCGCUCCUCGACGAAUCAACUCGGCAGCACCGACGACACCCUUGCCCUGGGUAUAGAAGACGAGGAGACUACACCCUUUGACACACAUUACGGUGGUUCCGAGGGCAGGCAUGUCCCUCUGACAAAUGCACCAGAGGAACAUGCACGCGGGUCAUACAAGGGGCGCGGGCUGCGUGAUGGCGGUUCUUUAGCCGGCGCCGGAUGUAUCCGCCGUCCAGGGCUUCGUGUCAGUGCAGAGCAGAAGGAGGAGUUAGUUGUCAGACCGGUUUCCACCGGUGGCGGAUCUAUCCGCUCCUCGGCGGAGCAGCCAYGUAGCACGGAUAACACCCUUGCCGUGGGUGUGGAAGACCAGGUGACUCCACCACCUGAUACACGUUGUGGCGGUUCCCAUGGCGGGUAUGUCUCGCAGUUAUGUUCAGGGUUUCCUGACAUACGGCCCUCCAAAAUCCAUAUGGCCACAGUCGUGUCGGACGACUGCAAUGAGGACGAGGACGUCACCAUGCUCGAAGUGGAAGAGUUGUUUGUCCCUCGUCCGAUCGAAGAUGAUCUUGUCAAGACACUCUUCCACGAUUGCCCUGUUGUCAUCUCUCCUUCUUCACAAUUAUUGACUCCUCAAGAUGAAGUUUUUGCCAUCUGUGGGAGUGGUGGGACAGCUGGUCGUUCUGUAGAGUUGUGCCCCGAUGCUCCGGAAAAAGUUGUUUUCCUCAUCAACGCGGACAUUAAGGACUUGUCCCGACUUCCAUCCCAGUUAGAUCGCAUUAUGGCAUCGGCGCAGACUGAAGAGUUCGUAUUGGGUCUAAGCGCGACAUGUUUGAGAAAAGACUUGCCACAACCGAAAGUUUUAGACGAGAAGAAUACUAAGGAACAUCUCAGGCACGAAGCCAUGGCGGAUAAGCAGUGACAUGUGUUGCUCACAUUUGGUUCUACGUAGUAUAUGAGCACUUGGAGUUAACUCACUGACAUGAGUGUUUGGGUCCCACUACUGUAUGAGAUUCU